AUGGGGGGUGUCACCGCCACGACGCCGCUCUGCUACCUGGCCGCCGCGGCCCUGCUGCUUCUGCUGGGCACGGCCGUGGCGCCGUGCGGGGCGCAGGUGGUGGUGACCAUCGAGGAGGCAUGCCGGAUGGCGACGACCGGCGGCGCGUCGGGCGUGAGCUACGACCACUGCGUGGCGUCGCUGGCGUCGGACGCACGGAGCCGCGACGCCGCGGACCUGCACCACCUGGCCGCGCUGGCGACGCGGAUCGCCGUGGAGCACGCGGCGGCGACGGAGGCCAAGAUCGAGGACCUGGGUGAGGUGGAGGAGUCUCCCCACGCGCGUGCGCGCCUGCACCACUGCCUCGACCUCUACAACGCCGCCGCCGACGUCCUGCGCGACGCGCUCGACAACCUCCACGCCCGCGUCUACGGCAAGGCGUCCCAGCAGCUGGCCGCAGCGCUCGGCGCCGCCGAGAGCUGCGAGGACGUCUGGAAGGGCGAGGAGCAUGUCCCCGUCGCCAGCCACGACAGGGAGUAUGGCCGCAUGGCGUUGGUCGCACUCGGCCUCACCAGCGGCAUCGCGUGA